UCCCUUGUUGUUGCAGAUCGAGGGAUCAACUCGAUCGAGAACAUCACUCGCUCGAAUGUAUCACAACAACUCGCUAGGAAGAUGGCGAAUUGUUGUACGAAGAACGAGAAAACGGAGCCUUUGACUAUCAAACUCGAAGGAAACAACGUCGAGCAAAAUAUAGAAGCGUGGCUCGAUGAACACCCGGAUUUCGUUCACUCGUAUUUCACGCGCAAAGCAAGCAGGACUCUAAUCGACUCCUGGCUUCAAUCGCGUUCUGUAAGGAGUCCUACACCCACUGGAACGCCGCCGCCUUCGGGUUCUUCUACGCCUGUACGGAAAAUAUCUGCGUCUGAAUUCGAAGGAAGAGGAAUUUUAAAACCCUUAGUUAAUGUAGUGGAUGGGCAAGCGACUUUCCUUACGCCAAAUGAACCGCAUAGAACACGGCCUUCCCCUCGAAAUCGCAAAUCUCGUGUGGAGCUUUUACAACUCGACGAAAAAGAGUUGCUAAUGGAACUCGUCAAGGAUAUUUCCAACGAUUUGGACUCAACGAGUCUUUGUCACAAAAUUCUACAAAAUGUCAGUAUUCUUGUCAAUGGUGACCGAUGCUCGCUGUUUCUUCUCCAAGGCCCGAAAGAUGGACCUCGAUAUCUCGUGUCAAAGGUGUUCGACGUGAACGCCGAGUCAAAACUAGAGGACAUGCAGGGUUUGGAAGAAAUUCGAAUUCCUUUGGGAACAGGAAUUGUUGGAUAUACAGCUGCAACAGGAGAGGUCGUGAACAUUGCAAACGCGUACGAGGUAAGCUAAGUCAAGUCAGCUGUGAACUCGUCAUUCAAUCCUCACACUGCGAAUUUAUCAUUUUCAGUGGUCCCGUACCUGUUAGUUUCUGUCUUCGUUAGCUUUUACGAAUUUGCAAGUUGCGUAGCAGAAGUAAUACUGUAUUCACUAUUUUUAUUUCUCUUAUUUAUCCACAUUUCAUACGUGCGCUAAAGGGGCUCAGGGUAUUUUCAAGACAGCCGAGCAUUUUAUAGUUCAUAAACUAAAAUGUUUGGCGCCUAUAGCUGUCCCCUCGAAAUUUUUGUUAAUCGAUUAAUGGUUCGUGUUGCACUCGAGAGCUUAGACUCCUUGGUGGAUUUAACACGGUAAACGAAUUGACAGUUCUCUGUAGAUACUUUUAAAUCUUUGCAAAAAAUUCGUUUAAUUUCCCUUAGCCGUCAAAUUUGCGAGAGACUCCUUGGAAACGAAUUGAAUCAGCUACCGUGUACUUUCAUCGACUGUCCCUCAUUCGGGUUAGAAUCGAAAUUUCUGUCUGUACACUCGCCGGUUUUAAAAAUCGAUUACUACGUUUUACCUUACAAUCAAGAUCGGUUUGUUAACGCGAUUUUAUUCAUCAACAGCGAAAUAACAACGCUUUUUAAACGGAAAAUCGGGAGCUUUUUCGUCAAAACAUUGUAGUUGUAAUUGCCAUACCCCUCUGCGAGGACAUAUUUACCUCUUUGUUUACAUUUCACUGCGAUUGGCGUUGGACAGUUCAGUGAACUCAGUGAGGGAUGGUAACCUCAACACAUCAUGAGAAAAUAAAAGAUUUAUUCACAAUCUCUUCUUAGCCAGGAGGGCGAUACCACUAGAUUUUAAGCCGGCCGUGAUCCAUGUCAUAACAAUCGUGGUCACAAACCUGUUCAGCUAAAAAAAUUAUAUCAAUAAAUGCAUUUUGUAUUAAAUUUUCUGGAACAAGUUAAUUCUUUAGCAAAGGUAGCCUUUUUAAAGGUGUAUUCUUCCUGGUGGAUAAGAUAAAUUAAAUGUUCCACGAUCAAGUGAUUUUUGAUGGGAGUAACUCUGGAAAGUUAGCAAGUCUAUGUGUUUGUUCCACGGGGUGUCGUCUGCAUGUAGUCAGGUCGGAAAUAAUUCCUGUUCGGUGUCACUCGAUUGUGUCAAGUUUUUUUGUUGCCUGAAUGCGAAGUGGCGCGAAUAAGUCACAUUUGAAGGACUUUUUUCAUUUCAUACAAUAUUCUGACUGAAAAAGGAUGCGAGAUAUAUAUUAUUGUAAAAACAGACUAUAUGUCACGCGAGGUGAUUAAGCGAUUUCGAAUAAUCCUUUCUCAUAGUUAUAGUACCACUUUAGAUUUUUUCCUUGAAUGACAUAUUAAUUACUGAAGGUAAUAUUCUUUCAGGUGAAAUUCUGUUUUCCUUCAUUUUAGAAUAUUAACUUCAGGUAAAAUCAAAAAUAGUAAUUUUGUCUAAAGGAAGUGACUGUAGUCUUUGUAAUGUUAAAAAGUCGGCCUUUUACGUUUUUCACUGUAUACACGUAAUAUAAUACCAGAACAAAAAGUGGCAUGAAAAAAUAAGGGCUUAUGUAAACAGUUAUAUCUUCUAGCUGAAAGCUUUCUUCUUAAUUAAAGUAAAAUUUAUCAUAGGCCGGACACGAAUGUGGACCUCAUUAUUUACAUUUUAUUCGGCAAGAAAUCCGUGAGAAAGUCUUAGAUUUAAUUUUUUUUUAGCCACAAAGUACGCGAUUCCCCCUCUUCAGCGUUAUUAUCGCAGAUGUUAAAAUGUAAAUCAUAAAGUAAUAUAAGCCAGAAAGAUUGCCGGCAUUCAUUUAUAUUCAUUAUGAUAAAAAUGUUUUCAAUGUUUUCCCUUCAGUUAAAAGCAUUGUAGAAUUUCUUUUAACAAAAUUAUACAACUUUUGAUACAAAGAAAGCUCUGUAUUAUUUUAAAUUUUCUUUACAAAAGUAUGCAUCUUUUUGGGCCUUUAAAAAUUAUAAAAUUUUGUUGUCAACAACAGUCUCAAAAAACCUUGGAUGUAGUUUCAGAUAAAAUAUGGAAAUUGUUAGAUGAAGAGGAGAUCUGUAGAUUACGGAUGUAGUUUUAAUAUACAAAUUUGUUCAACUACAAAUUAUAUCACUGGUUUCGGAUAUGUUCAUGAUGAUUAUAGAAUAUAAAUCUUUCUGUUCAUUUCUAGAUGACCAAAACAUCUCCAAACAAUUUGAACACAAAUUAUAAACUUGUUUUUACCAUAAUGAUUUCUCAUGUGGAUUGGUUACAGAUGUUUCAGAUUAAAGUUGUUUGGAAGUUUUUAAUUUUAUCUUGACCAGUUACUUUAGUGUGGGCCACAGAGACUCACAUGUACGAAUAAUGUCAUCAAUUCAAACUAAUUCAUCACAUUCUUGUACACAUUAAGUAACACGUAUGCAAAAGAUAAGGCAUUCUUUUAAUGAUACUUCAUAUAUUUGUGGUUUUUUAACAUUCUAUUAUUAUAUAUCCUGAAUUUUUCUUGUUACAUCCAAAAAUUGACUGUUAUAUAUAGAUAUCAUAAAAGAAUGGCCAUUUUCUAUUAUCAGCUAAGGAAAGAAUUAGAAAUACCUUCUUUCUUUAUUUGUUACUCAUUUGUAUAUGUGAAAGUGUUGUCAAGUCAGUUCGGUACAAUCUUUGUGUAUUAGAUUGUUUUCACUUUUAUUGUAAUUGAAGUACAUUUUAAAAAUAUUGUUAAUGGCAAAAAAUUAACAUUGAUAUAAUAGAAAUGCAAUAAUAAUGUUUUGUUCAUUGCACUGUUUUUGGAAUUUUUUCUGCAGAGUUUGCUCAUACAGUAACCUACAGGCUUGUUUGCAUGAGUUGUGUUAGUAAUGGUUUUUUUUAAAAGAAAAAUUAAAUUUGUCCAAACUUUGCUGGAGAGUUCAGGGCUGCAUACUAUUCUUUAUAGGACAGGAAAAUACACAGUUUUGUUAUAUGUAAGAUUACAGGCAUGCACACUUGUUCAUUAUUAUUUUGGGGGAACUUGAACACUUAAAGUCCUGGAUGAAUGCAUGAGAGACUGGAAACAAAGCGAUUUUCUUGUGUGGUUAUGAAUAUUUGAAAAAGGCCGCCAUGUUCCUAGUGAAUAAUAGUUUCAAGACGUUACGGGGGUCCUAAUAUAUUGGUAUAAUCCGGACUGGUAUUCAGGGUGUUCAUUAAGUACCGGAGAUAUUUUUUGCAGAAUUCUCCAUCUACUAGGCUAAAUUCUCCCGCUAACAUUUGGUAUCCUACGACUACUUUUUCUUCAGACGUGGAGCCUUUUUCAAAAUAUUCUCCAGCAUGCAAAGAAAGUGGUGUCAGAUAGCCCGGGGCUAGUGGAUUUUGCUAUCGGGCUAGUGAAUUCUGUUUUUAACUUGCCUGAUGGGCAAGUGAUAGUUUUUUAGAAAUAUGAAUAACAGAAGAACUGUAAUCAAUCCUGCUCAUCAAAUUUUUUUCGGGCUAAUUGAAAUGACUUUCGGGCUAGUACAUGCCAGCUACAGCUUGCCCAAAUGGCAAGCUGUGAAACUGUCUUUAUUUGCACCCUGUUAUCCCUUAAAAAUACACCUUUCUCCUGCUACUAGAAUUCCUAGUGACGCCCCUGGGUAUAAGAACACAGCCAGUGUUUCAAAUAAGUCUUAUAAGCAAGUUGCCUCAGAGAAAGUGUGUCUGUGGACUAACACUUUUGUUUUCUAGAGCUAUUUGCCUCAUUGGUCAAUGCAGAUUUUUAUUAUUAAUUAUGAGGAAAUGUUUGCAUCAGCGGGCAAAGUCACUAGCCUGAGAAAACAGCUGACAUUUCGCGAAGCCAUCGCUGGUUUCCCUGCGAAAUGAUGUCUGAGGAAUGACUGCAGUAAUUCCUGACCAUACUGAUGACAUGUCACUAACCAUAACUAGGCAGUGCUUGUGCUUGGUUGAAUUAAGCAAAUUUCCUUCCCAGCAUGACCAGUCAGAUGCACUAUCCAGAUCUGGGUAGUGACACAUCAUCAGUAUGGAAUUUCUGCGCCUCCUCCUCUGAUGUAAAUUUUGGGUGGAAAUCAGUUGUGACGUGGUGUAAUGUCUGCCUUUUUUUUCUGUCUAGCAAAGUCACUAGAACUAGAAUUUCAGUAUGGCAUCCUAUCUUUCUCUGCUCUAUGUUUUAGCAAGAUCGGUUGACAGCAGCAAAGAAAAGUGCAAAAACUAUCGUAAAAUACUGACAGCAAAGUGGCUUCCUCCUUAAAUUCGCAAAAUGACGAGUUUUUGAGAUAUUUAUAUUGUGUGCUAGGGACAUGUUAAACUACAAACGUACUCUCUCCCACUAAUAAGAGGGCCUUGUUCAUGUUCAUCCAAAAUAUGUGACAAAUGGUAGCUGUCUGAGUGUAUUUAAGUACCUGAAGGUCUCAGUGCAUAGUAGUAAACCUAAAUGAUCUGAGAGAAUGGUGUGUAUAGUCACCAUUCAGCACUUUUGCUAUCAUGAACUGCUGUUUAUAUGUCUUAGUUUAUAAAUGUGUGUUUUCUGAUUUAGAAAAUGUAACUGUAAAAAGUAAGUCGACUUUUAUUUCUGAUGAGGUGUAGUGUAUUUCAAUAAACUAUCCUUAAGUCCCUUCAACAUUCUGGUUCAUUGGUCAUAGCUCCUGUUGUUCCAGAGUACUUUGACCAUUCGGUGGAUUAAAUACAAAUAUCAUUACCAUUAAUGAAGUGACAAUUCAUUACCGGUACUUUUAAGGCACUGACAAUAAUAUUAAUUAUUUAAUCAUUUGUCUCAACAUGUGGUCACUUUUGAUGUAGACGUGCUUCUAAGUCUUCAUUUUCACCUUUAUUUAAAAGACUUGUUUCUCACGGCACCACUCAAUUUGUGAAAAACCUUAGCUAUAGUGACUGUUUACUUUCAUGAACUGUUGAUCAUUUAGGUCAAGUCAGAACGGGCUAAAGGACGCAAGGGCAAAUAUCGCCAACUGUUUAUUGUUUAGGUUGGAAAGAUCUGUUUUAGACACACCAACCGGUUUUAUAAUCAAUACAUUUGUGGCUUCUAUUGUGGUUAAGUUGCAUUGAUGGGCCUUGGAUGAGCAAAAGCAUUUUGAGUUGAAGAUGAACAUAACAGAUGUAAUUAUAAUUGAGGUACUAAGAGAUACCAUUCAGGAGUGAUAAAAUGUUUAUCAUAAUUCCAUGACAGAUGAAUACACACACUGUAGUGGUUAUUUUAAUAACAAUCAAGAGUUGGUGUAAGUGGUCAAAGUUCUAAGCAUGAUAUUUUAAUGCUUUCGUGAUUAAACUAUGGCUCUUAAACCAGAUUAAUCUCUUUAUUCCUGGUAAAAUUUUACAGUAUGAACUCAAUCAGAUAACGUCUUGUGUGUCUAUGAUCCAUUAACUCAAGAGUGCGGUCUCAGCUGUUAAUUCUAAAUAAGCUUACAGUUGAGUGACCACUGAAAAUUAUUGCUUCCUGUGGUGAAUGAAACUCUAAUGAAAAUUUGCAUGUACUUACAUUAGCAUAUUUUACGACUGAAUGGCCUAAUUUUGUUGAGUAAGUUGUUAGUGAGUAUAUGCGAUUGGUAAAAAUAGAAAAAAAAUUAACAUUCAAGAAGAAUAUCAAUGCAUUUAUGCUAAACUGAUCUGCUAUUUUAAUGAAGUCAUGCAAUGUCUGCAUUUAACACUUUGUUUUAAAAUUUGCAUUUGAAUAUAGGUAACUUGGUCUUUAGUUAUAUUGUAUCAUUUUGAUUAAUAAUGUCAGCAUGAUCUUGAUAUCCUCUCCGUUUGACAGUUUUUUUGUGACAGUGGUUUUAAUUAGCUACUUGUGGCUGCAUCUAUACCCUACAGUUUGCAAUUUCUUCAUUUGGUUUCACUAUAAACCUGCUAAUUUUCCUGUCUGGUUGAUUUGUCAUGCAUACAAGGCCAGUAUUAGAUGGAUGAACAAUUAAAGAGGCUGUGUCAUGGUUGUCUAGUUCAUUUUGUUUAUUUUGCCAAUUACAGGUCCUUAUUCGCAUUGGAACUCACAUGUAACUAAAGUGAUUAAAUUACUUGCAUAUGACUCAAUCAAAGCUUCCGGUGAAGCAAAUAUGCGUCCAAAGCAUUCUAUCAAACAUUACAAACAACAAAAUAAACUUUGAAAAACUGAAGCCUCUUCGUUUUUACUUGCUGUGUUUUUUAUACCUUUGUUUAAUGUUGUGAGUGUUCAUUUAUAUGUUUCUCACAAUUUGAUGGCAGUUGCCACUGUUGAAAUUUCGAUAAAUCAUUCGUGACACUGCUCUUUUAAGCAACUGAAAGAAGCAAGAGGGGGUGUUCCAUAAAUAUCUCCACAAGAAGCUAUUUUAGUCUGAUGCAAAACAGCUGUAAAUUUCUCACAUUCCAUUCAAUAGUUACCUGUUCUUAAGCAUCAUUCUCAGGGUUUUGGGUGCAAUGAUCCUUCUUAAGCUUUAAUCUUAUUAUUCUUUGACAAGAACAUAGUCAUUGUGUUAAUCUGUUUUUAUCCUUUUAAAUGAUUAUUAUGCAAAAUAGAUGAUGUUUCUGUUUCUGUCUUUACCACGCUUGCUAGAGAUUCAGUUGGAUACUGAAUAGUAAUAUUAGUAAAUGUAAACUUCUUGUACAGAUUUAAUUGUUUUGUUUAACAAGGAACCAAUAAUAAUAUUAUUGCCAAAAAGUUUGCUGGUGUAUUUUUGGACAGAUAAUCAUUUAGUGACUUCAUGAUACGGAAAGUAUUAACCCAUAUUUCAGCAAGACCGAACUGAAAAAAUCAGACCAGCUUUCCAAAGUUUGAUAGUUAUUGUUAUUUUGCACGACAUUGCCGUGUACCUGUCUUCAAUGGUCUAGCACUAGGAGCAUCAUUAUCCUGAUGAGGACAAAAGAAACAAUUAAGGGUAUAUAGAGUGGUUAAAGCACAUUAAUUUAUUUUUACAAAAUGAAUGUUCAUGCGUUACAGAUAAAAUUGGAAUUUGGAAGUGUUGUUUUUGCUUAGGAGAGGAUAAAACCAGAGUACUGGGAGAAGUACUCUUGGAGUAAAUAAUUGCUGCCGGAGUCCUAAAACCAGCAACCAACACAAUUCGUUUAAUGGCAUCAAGUUGUUAGCACUGAGAUGGGAACCUGGACCAUGUAGGCGGGAUAAGAGUACUUUGACCACUACAUUACCCUUAUUCCUGUAUUCAUGACAUUAACUAUUGAUAAAAAUCCCAUUUUUUUCUUUCAUCAGGAUCCAAGAUUUAAUCAGGAAAUUGACCUGAAAACUGGUUACCACACUAGAAGCAUUCUUUGUAUGCCCAUUACAGACCAUUAUCAUGGAGAGGUAUUAAUUCUUUGUUAUUAAAGUCGCAGGGCCAGGCGGAGAACCCUUUUCUGAAGGCUGUUCAGUCAUGUGCAGCUUUAUGCAGUUCAGUUGGUGUUGACGUCAUUGUUGGUAGAGGUCUCAUUAUGCUGGAAUGUAGCUACCCUGUAAGGAGGGGAACAUUGGGGGACGGUCAACACCAUACCACAAAAAAAAUAACAAACACCACAUCACCCCAAAAAAAAGUUGAGGAAACACCGAUGUCGCAAUGGACAUUUUUACCGAUACGGUGGCCAUAUUGAUUUAAUUUGAUUUAAGGAGUAUUAUAGGAAGCCCUGGGGGCAUGAGCACCUUUCAUUUGCAUUUUCGAGCGUUUUUCGGGACAUUUUUUCUUAAAGUUUUCUUAGAAUAAGAUUGUAAUGGGAAAAAAGAUCCUUGUGCCAUGUUUGGAUGUAAUAGUGAUUGCCUUUUUCUAGUUUAGUAUUAGAAAUAAGGUCUUUCACUGUAUAUUUCUCGGGAAAAAGGUGAUCAUCAUUACAUCCAAACACGCCACAAGGAUCUUUUUCCCCAUUACAAUCUUAUUCUAACAAAAUUUUAAGAAAAAAUGUCCUGAAAAGCGCUGGAAGUUACAAACGAAAUGUGCUCAUGCCCCCCCUGGGCAUCCUAUAAUACUCCUUACAUCGAAUUAAUUCAAUAUGCAGGGUUCUCAAUAGAUUUUUAAGUAGGAGGUGAUCACUGAUAAAGUAGGAGGCUCUUCCGCAAAGCCAGAGGUGUCAAAACAAAGCAAAGAAAAGCGACUUAAACACAAAGUAAGCGGCUAUAAAUCCCAAAGUAAGCGGCGAUCAAUCGCCGGGUGCCGUCUUCUAUUGAGAACCCUGAAUAUGGCUGCCGUAUCGGUAAAAAGGUCCAUUUAAUUUUUGUCCUAUGAUUAAUCUAUUCCAUUAAUCUAUUGUGGAUGGAGGAUCUUGGAGCUGGUUUUGAUGGAGACUUAGGCUGACCUCUUUGAUUCUAAGAACUCUAUCUCAGUCAUGCAGAUGUAAAGACUGCAUGUAUGAUGGCGUGUUACAAACUUACUUGUGUGACGGUAUUUCUGAGUCCCCACCCUUUUUCCCUCUUCAUAAAAAAUGGUGACACAGCUGGUCAUGCACUCUGUUGUAAGCUCAUUGACAUCGAUGUUGGUACUGAAGGUGGAAUGAUACCUUAAUUAUUAAUUAUUGCCUCCUGCUCACAAUGUAUUUUGAAUUGUUUUUACAGGUAAUUGGUGUCGCGCAAGUUAUAAACAAAAGAGGAUUUUUAGAUCACACUUUCACAAGAGAGGACGAAAAGGUAUUCAAGAAAACAGGACUUAUUUUACUGUUUAUUAAAAUCAACGAAAAAUUCAGUGAAUAAAGUGAAUUUGGCUUUAAACUAAGAAAGCUGUAUGAUGUCAGCUAAGUGGUACUUUUUAUGAUGCCAUCUAUUCAGCUGUACAGGAGAGUUCUUCUAAUUCAAAAAACUGAAGAUAUUGAGGGGAAAAUUUUUGUUGUUGUUUUUUCAGUCUGGCAAAGAUUGUAUGAAAGAAUUUUUGUUGUUUUGAAUUUUUUUCCGUAGAUAUUCAGCAAAUACCUUGUCUUCUGUGGAAUUGGAAUUACAAAUGCAGAGCUCUAUGAGAGAGCGCAACUUGAAAUUAGGAGAAACCAGGUGAGAAGGUCUUCACAUGGUACUGAUGUUAGUUAACUUGUUAACAUGCAUAGGGAAGGAGGCAGUUUGGGUGAGCAGUUAGAGCACUGGACUUGUAAUCUGGAGGCCAUGUGUUCAAGUCCAGCCCUUACAGGUAGCGGGAUUUGUACUUGCUAGUCCUGAGUUCAAGUUCUUGGCCAUGUUUGCAAAAUUGUUGACUGGUUUGCCUACUACCAGUUGGAAUUUUUAACCUCGUUAUGUUCAAGUUGAAGCAUUUGUUUCAUUUACCCUAAAAAGUGCCAUAAGGGAAGAGGAUAAUUAAGUAUAGUAGUUAAUUGUUGUUGUUGGUAUUAUUAUUUUUUGGAAUUUAUGAUGAUGAUGAUGAUGAUGAUGAUGAUGAUGAUUUAUAUUAUUACUAUUCAUGUCUUAUCACUGUUUUCUUACUCUUGAUGUAUUUUUUUCUUUUAGGUUUUACUGGAUCUAGCUAGGACAAUUUUUGAAGAACAAAGUACACUUCAUAAUAUUGUACAGAAAAUUAUGAUGAUCACUCAAACUUUACUUCAAUGUGAAAGAUGUUCUGUUCUUUUAGUUGACCCAUCCUCAAAGGUACAUUCAUUUAGUAGCAGUUCAUGUUAAUAUGUUAAAAAACAGUUCUGCAUUCUUCAGCUAGUUCUGAUAUUUAAAAUGGGAGCCUGUUUUCUAAUAAUCUACCACAGGUUCUUGAAAGCUUCUUGGACAUGAAAUGAACUACCCCUAGCCUCCACAUUAAGAUCCCUCCCUACCAAUCACCGCCCCCCCUCCCGACCAAUCACAGCACAUGUUGGGGGAGGGGGUCCAUGUGAGACAUUGGUUAUGCCCUUGGUCAUCCUUUUUCAUACCACAGAGAAUACUUGAAUGCCUUGUGAGGCACUGGCCUGUGGAUUUUUAUCCCUGUCUAAGAAGACUUGAAGGUCUAAUCAUCUGCAGAUGUGAAACAAAGGAAACAUUCUCUCCGCAGUAAGAUCUGGGCAUUUGAGCACUCCAGCCUGGAGUCCAACCUCGGCCUAACCCUCCAUAGUCUGGUACCCAAUGAAGCUUACUGGCUGUCAAUGCACAUCCCAGAUGGUGGGAGGGAGACGGGUGCUAGCGGAUUUUUAAAACAUUCACAUCUUGUUAUUUUGGACCAUUUCUUUUUCUCACAUUACUGACAACUAACUCUGAGGUAGCAGAAGGUUUUUUGUCAAGGUUUAGUAGGAUUAUUGUGAUGUAUCAUUAACAACUUCAUGUCCUUUACCUUGUUUUCAUUCAUUUUAGACACUAUUUUCUCAAGCAUUUGAUUUGGAGGCCAGGGAUUAUUUGAAUGAAGAUGACCAGACUGUCGUCAAACACAGAUCUUGGUAAGGGAAAAAUCCUAAACUAACUGUCAGUGUAUUAAUGAUAGCACCUUGUAGUAAUCGUUGACACCAUUUUUACAUCCCUCUGCUAGAUCUAUACAGUAUUAUUUUGAUAGCCAUUUUCAUACUUAUGAACCAUACACGGCUGCAUGGGGCAAAGGCUGUGUUCUCCAAGUCUGUCAUUUUAAGACCCUGAGUAUAUAUUAUUCCAGUCCCCACAGCCUCCUGCCAGGAGUUCUUUUUUUUAUGUUUGUAUACUCCACUGCAUCUCAAAGUGUUUUCAUUAAAAAUAAUUAUUUGAGUUCCACUGAAAAGUACAUGUGACUUAAAAGUCUGGAAGGAAAAAGAAAAACAGGAGGUUUAUUUAUUUUUGUCACACAUUACAUUAACACAAUUAACAUACAAGAAAAUAAACAAAAAUAUAUAAUUAUGGUGAAAGGAAAGCCUAAGCCAGAAACCAGAGGCUUAAACGGCCCUGGCUCCUAAUCGCUUUGUGAAAAUAGAUAGAAACUAAAAAAGUGCGGUGUAAAUGCAGGUGUGAUUCAAAGUAAAAUUCAGGUGCUUUCAACCUCUUUUGACUCUCAAUUUCCUUUGUCUGCUAAUCACUACAGAGGAGUAAUAUUAGAGUUCAAAGGGCACAUGAUGGAAACUGAGAAUCAAACUAUUGUGAAACCAUUUCAACCUGAAUUUCAUUUUGAAAUACAACCAAAAUAUAAUGCCAAAUUCAUCCUUGCAUUUUCUUCUUCUUUACAGCAGCAAGACGGAAAUCAGAUUUCCUGUCAAUAUAGGAAUUACAGGUCAUGUUGCCACAACAGGCGAGGUAAUAUUAUGAAGGUGUUUUCAGAUGAAAGUGGUGAUAUGGUUAAAAUUUUAAUAAUUUGUACAAAGGUACAUUGAUUAUGCAAGAUUGCUAACUCUUUAAAAUAAAUUGGUCUGUUUCUCCUCUUUUAGACAUUAAAUAUACCUGAUGCAUAUCAAGAUGAAAGGUUUGAUCCUGCAGUAAGUUAAUGUCUAUUUUUUAUCCAGAUUGCAUCGUACAUCUAGAUUUUUUUUCUGAAGCAGUUAAGAGCAAUUUUAGACUCACUGUUGAUUUUUUUACUCUCUGUUAUUAUUUUAAUGAACAACAAUUGUCACAGCAUGUGGAUCUAGUCAGGAACUUGAUAACAGACCAUUUUACAGUUGUGGACUUGGUACCCUAGCCUUCAAGUGAAUGUGAGGCUGACAGUGACCUUGUUUUGGUUUUGAUACAAACCUCAUUUGCUUUGUUGUGGAAAUUGUUCUAGAAAAAUACUAGUUAGCAUAAGAAUAACUUGUGUUACAUUAUAAAGCAGGAAGGUUUGUAUCAAAACAAGGUCACUGUCUGCUUCGCUUCCAUCCAGAACUGUAAAAUGGCCUGUUUAUUUAAUACCGGUGUAUACAGCUGGCUUUUCAAUUUGGACUUUGUAAUCUUAGGCAUCUUUAAAGUAAAAUAUUUUGUUCUUUCCCCUGUGUUCUGUGCAGGUUGACCAAGCUUCAGGAUUUGUCACAAAGACCAUUCUUUGCAUGCCAAUCAAAAAUGGUAGUGAUGAAAUAAUAGGUAAGACUAAUUAAAGCAUAUGUAUUUAAACUUGUGAUUUGGAUGACACAUCUGUGCUGCAUCUCAAAAAGUGGUGUUGUGUUCAGCAGUUGCCAUUUCUUUUAAUAUUAUUAUUAGUUGUGUCGGCGCAUGGAAGGAACUGACAAAUCCACCCUGGGAAAGGAUUCAUUGGUUUAUUUGAUGUACCAUGAUCUGAGUGAUCAUAGAUCACUGAUCCUGAUCUAGAUCAUUCCAAAGGAAUACAUCCUUAUAUUUUACCUGCCAUUUUAAAGAAAAGAAAUAACAGCAUGAAUGUAAUCAAUAUUCUUCAACAAAUGAAAUUGGACCAAAUGAGAGUGGUAUCGCUUGCUGCAUAACAUAGCAUUAAAGUUUGGUUUAUAUUUGUUUGACUGUUUAGGUGUCGUUCAACUUCUGAAUAAGCUGGAUGGAACGUCGUUCAACAAAAAUGAUGAAAAUCUCUUUGAGGUAUUUUAAUUUCUUUGCCACGUUUAUAGUUAAUGUAACUUCCAUUGUCGCAUGGGUUCAGGUUCAAGCUGCUUGUGAUUUCGUAAUUCAUUAUCAGGAAGUUUCAGUCUAUAUUAUCUAAGAAGUCAAAACUUACUAAUAACACUUAAUAUCAAUAAAUCUCCUAUUGCAAUUGUAAUCAUGGCAUUGCCUAAUUUCAAACCGAGGAGGGCUGGGUAUGAGUGUUCAUUAUGGCAUAAACAACACAAGGCCCACAUAGUGAGGAAAAGAACAUUGAGUUUUGCAAAAUUCUCAAAUUUGGUGUUAAUCAGGUCAAUAUUGAACAAGAUACACUAGUUAAAAACUUGAAAAAUUUCCUAAGAGAUAAUGGAUUGCUGGACACACUGUCCAAUGGGUCUUGGUAUAUUUUUGAGUUUUUUUAACGGCUGUAUCUCAUUAAAUAUAGGACCAAACAACACCAAACUUGAGGAUUUUGUAAAUCUUGGUUUCCUCUUUCUGACUUUGCGGGUCUCUUGUUGUUUAUCCCAUAAUAAAUUUACUCUUUCCCAGCCCCCCUUGGUUUGAAAUUAGGCAAAAAUAUGAAACUACCUGCCAAAAAACCCAGGUGGGAGAUAUAUGACCAUGGAGGGCAAAAUGGACUAUAACAAGAUAUCCAUUUCUAAGGAAUAACUAUUCUCCAUCCCUUUGUUAUAUCCUUUCGUAGGCUUUCAAAAAUCAUGCCAAGAGCUCAUCAUCCCUUGUAACUUGUCUCUUAUGUAACCUAUAUGUAGAGAAUCGUUUUAAGGUUGUAGGGACAUGCCAUUCCGUGCAAUUUAAAGCCAUUUUAAUGGGAUUAUGUGUUGAGGGGUUGCUGACGAGAAGUUAACAUCUUUUGAAAGUGUCUGUCAUCCCAAAAAGUGUUCAAAUGGGGUGGUCACCUGUUGAGGUUUCAGCUGUAUCUGAAUACCCUUAGAGAGAGAGAAGCUGAUCAACAAAUUUAACAUUUUUAUUUAGAGGGAACUUUGUUCGGGGUGGUUGUUAAAUAUGAUAAGUGACUUCUUUGUAACUUAUUAAUGCCGCAGUUUCAUUUUUGUCAAGGUUACUUCAUUAUUUUGCCUGUUAGCCUUGCUAAUGUUAAUGACGUUGAUCAUCAAAAUUAAUAAUUCCAAUGUUUCUGACUGUUUUACCAGGCAUUUGCAAUUUUUUGUGGAAUGGCAAUUCACAAUACAGUGAUGUAUGAAAAUGUGAACAAGGCCAUGGCUAAACAGAAAGUUGCUCUUGAGGUAAGAAAUGUUGUUCGAUUGGUGAUUCACUGCAUAGUCAAAACAGGUCAUUUGAGAAAGGUGCAGUUUUCCAUAUUUCACAGGCAUUGGAGCAGGGCCAUAGCUACCCAGGGUGAUAAUUUUUAAAAUUUAGGAAAACAUUCCCCACUUGAACAAGAUUGAUUUUUUUACAGAAAUACCUUUUGAAAAAAAGUACUGAAAAUUCAUUUUAGAGCUUCAGUUUUUGAAAUUUUCUGGUAGCGGCCUGUUCAGAACCUCCUAGUGGCUCGCGUCUUUGGUGCUCACAGAUCUUGUUUCCUCUCUGCCAAAAGUCUGGCUAUGAUCUUGAACAGACAAAAAUGUAUAAUAAAAAGUAAUACUACUUGAGUUAAACUUGUUUGAAUCCCUGGUGAAACUUGAAUAUUAUACAUUUUUUUCAUUACUGUAGAUAAUUAAGUAUAUUAUAUUUUCAAAUUGCUCAUGAAGAAAGUGCAGCUGGGAACAUCACACUUCAAAAUGUGCUGUAAGGUUACUGUAGGUAAAUGUAUCUCUGUCAACAGUCAUGUUUGUUGGAGAAUCCAAUGAGUUUCCAGAAGGCUGUGGGCUUGAAUCUUACCAAGACUGAGAGGUUUUUUAUCUCCAGUCAGGGUUAAAACAUAACACUAGUAUGUGUGCUUUACAACUUCCAUCAGUUAAUGUUUAUGAUCUAUUUUUUUUCCAUUCAAGGUUCUUUCUUACCAUGCAACAGCUCCACUUGAGGAAGCCAACAAGUUAAAGGUAUUUUCAUAACUUAAGGAUUUGUUUAUGAUUUGAUCGUUUCACGAGCUAAAUACGAGCCGGAGUCAACCUCGAGCCUUGAGCCAAACAUGAGCCAACCUCAAGUCACGCACAAAAUGUCAUUUUUUUCCCAUUAUUGAUUUUUUUGGCUACAGAAAAGCAAUUAACAGUAUGUAGGAAAAUGUGACACAAAAUAUGUAAUAAUGUGAUAUGUAAUUAUGCACUUUAUAAUGACAAAGGAAAAGCUUUCUUUAAAAGAAAAAGCUCAAGAGCUUAGCAACAGAUCAUGAAGCUUACUAUAAUGAUCAUAAUGCUUGGCUCACUCUUGGCUCAUUCUUGGCUCAUGGCUUGUGGUUGACUCAGGUUUGUGUUUGGCUUGUGAAAUGACCAAACUCAUUUUGUUUAACCAAAUUGACCUCAAGUUGCAUAUAUUUGCGAUCUUGCAAAUGAGGUACAGUUUGGCCCUAAGAAAACAUGCUGAGGCACACUUUAGUCCUAGAGCCCCGCAGAAUUAGACAAUGAACUACAAUGGGGUAAUAAAAACAAUAGGAUAUUUAGUUUUUCUUUGUUAGUUUACAUGGUGAGCUAAAGAUGUCAGGCUUAUACAAGUCAGUCUCAAUGCAGAAAAUUAAAACUUUAACUUUUCUCAACUGGAGUCAGUUGAGGAAAGUUGUUGUCACUUGUGUGGAAACCAAACAACAGCAGUGACAAAGUCACUCGGUUUUCGUUUUGUUUUGUCUUUUGUUUUUGUUUUUGUUUUGCAAUAAUCUACAUCCUUGGUAGUUAGUGAUUUUAAAAAUGUAUAGCUUAUGUUAUAUUGUCGAUAUUCUCUUCUAGUCUGUUCCCUUGCCAUCCAUAAAUUCUCUUCGUCUUCUGGAUUUUACAUUUGAUGAUGAAGCAGUUGGUGAUCAAGAUACACUUCUAGGCACACUUGCAAUGGUGAUGGACUUAAAAUUACAUGAACAUUUUAAUGUGGAAUAUCAGGUGUGUAGGAUAAAAUGGGCUCUGUGAUGACUGUGGUGUCACAGUUUUCUGUAUAUUUUUAGUCUGGGAAAACGGCUAACAUUUCAAAAAGCCACCACAGGUUUGCCUGUGAAAUGACGUCUGAGGAAUGAGUGCAGAAAUUCCACACAAAUGACAUGUCACUGGGUGUACUUCUGAUUGUUUGUGCCACGAGGGACAUUUGCUUCAACCAAUCAGAUAUACGACCCAGAUCUUGGUAGUGACACAUCAUCAGUAUGGAAUUUUUGUGCUCAUCCCUCAGAUGUCAUAUUGUGGGGAAACAAGUGGUCGGAUCCCAAAAAUGUUUCUCAGGCUAGUAUGUUUUGUGCUCUGGAAUGUUAUGGUCUGUAUUACAUUGCAGACAACGUAACCUAAUGCCAGUUAGUAACAUCUGUGAAGCAGCACCAAGAUCCUUGUUCUUGUCCCCUACAGACUCAGCAAAUUACUGGAAGUGUGUUUUGAAUUUCUUUUCAUCCUGAUUGGCAAUUUAACAAUGGCUUUUUUCACAGGCCAAUGAAGACAUGUAGUCAAAUCCAGAGUACACAGGUGGAUCUCCGUAACAAGGAUUUUGGCGCUAUUUCGCAGACGGACUUAACCAGAGUUUAGUUUCAUCUGUAGGGCAGGCUAGAAUGUUAUGGCUACUAUGUAAAGCUUGAUAAAAAGCACUGUAACAAUGUAUAGCUUAGACAAGGCAUUUUAGUGUGAUAUCUAAAUGGUUUAAAAGUUUUGAUCUUCACUUUCUUGUCGCACAGUUUUUUAUUUUCCCAUGAAUUUCAACAAAUUUAUGACUGGAUUGUUGUGUUGAUCAGGUUCUUUGUCGUUGGAUUCUGACGGUGAAGAAGAAUUACAGACCAGUGAUGUACCACAACUGGAGACAUGCAUUCAAUGUUGCACAAACAAUGUUUACUAUACUCAAGGUAUGUUUCAUUACAUUGAUAGUAUAUCAAAUAUGCUGUCCUGUCAUCUACAGUAUUUUGCAGCUUGCAAUUAUGUCUUAUAAUGAGUAAAUGAAUUAAUACCUUAAUUUACAGCAAUAGGGGAACCAGGAAAUGGGAACACUAGAAAUUAAAUUAAACAACUAUCAUAAUAAUUAAAAUAGAAGUGAUAAGACUAUUUACAUGGGUAUAAUAUUAUUCAUGUGUAUGAUAAGUGUCAAUAUUUUUUCUUUAAAUCUUAUCCCUUAUCUUAACUGAUACUAAUUUACCCUCAGCAUUUGACAGGGCAAAGAAAUACAAAAUUAGGUGACCAUUGUUUCAGUUUAAAGGUUGGCUGGACGAAACUAAGCUUUUAGUGACUACAGAUCAAUUCUUCUGCCAAAGUGCCUAGAGCCAACUUUUUCUUGUUAUCUUCAGGCUUCACUUAUACUGUAGACUAAUUUUAGCAUUUUAGCAGACUCCUGAAGUGGAUUUGAAGAUUUUUUUGUUUCCCUGCAGAUUGACGAAUUUGGGAGAAUCUUCAGUCCUGAGGAGAAAUUUGCCUUGUUGGUAGCCUGUUUAUCUCAUGACCUAGAUCACAGAGGAACCAACAAUUCAUUUCAAAUAAAGUAAGGCUCUGUAAAUUAUAAAUAUUGAUUUUGAAAUUUUAUGCUAUCACCAUAGAAUAUUCUUUUGGAGUGUUCAAAAAAUGAAUAACACAUUAAAACGUAGCCUGUGAAUACAGCCAUCUCUCCUUGCUCCUUGAACAUCUGUCCCUCAGCGACAAGAUGUGAAAUGUUUUUCUUGCCAACAGAGCUGUCAAAAGAUGCAAGAAAUGAAGUUCUCUCACACUGAAUGGAACGUGGGAACAAGCUACAAUUUAGGCUAUCAGUGUUUAUGCUAAACUCAUGGUUCAGUUUUGUUUCUUGCCAAACCUGUGCCUCUUGGCAAUGCAAAAAAAACAAUAUCAGUUAGAUUGGCUAUACACUGCAUUAAGUUCAGGAAGGUUUUUCUAUUUUUUCCUUGUUUGCUGUAAAAUGUUUGUGAUGGUUGUGAUUAACAAGCUGUUGCAUUGUUGUGCGGCAGACAAAUGGUAUUCAGUGCAUGAGAAUCAAUGUUUACAUAGUAAAUCUGUAUUAAUCUGGUCGCAUUUUCCUGUGGGCACCUGUAAGUGGCCACAUUUCUCAUGUAAUAUUUCUGUUGGCUAUAUUAGCACUUUUUAAAAUCUGUCUUGGGGGGCUUGCAUACAGGACCUUCAACUGUACUGACAAGACAUGAGAUCUGUCUAGCUACUUUUACAGUUGUAGAUCAUAUAUUUUUAAUGAACUGAAAUUGAUUUUGACACUUUCAGGAGUGCGUCAGCCUUAGCACAGUUAUACAGCACAUCAACCAUGGAACAUCACCACUUUGAUCAGUGUAUCAUGAUCAUUAAUAGUCAGGUAAUUACUGGACAAACCAAGGUUACCCCCGCAUACAUGUGGGCUGAACUCCCUUAAAUUUACUGCGGGGUGUACUGCUGAAUCUUUGAGGCUCUGGACUUGUUCCAGACAAAAAGAGGUGAAUAUGUGACCCUGUUCCAGACAACAACCAAAAAAAAUGUACAUAUUUUUUUGUUGUCAUGUGUUCGUUUAUUCUUCCUCUAUGGCUUGGUUUUACCGUGGAAUGCAUCUGAGCUUGAUUGAGAAAACAGUUCAACCUCUCCACAACAGCCACCUUGGGGACAGAGGAAAGUAGCCGUUGUUGAGAGGUAACUGUUGUAGAGAGGUUUAAACAAGAGUCACUAUGUGGACUGUCCACCAAAAAAAGUGCCUGUUGUCAGAGCUGUCAUUAGGGGCCGUAACCCAUAACACCUGUUACAGCUGAGCUCACUUGAUGUUAUGGGUGAUAAAAGUGGGAAGCUAAAGGUGACAGUAUAAAUUUUUGUGAGAUGUUACGGGUGAAUCUUUAUUUGCUACGGCUGCCCUAAAAAUUAAUGACAGUCCUGGUUGUGGAGAGGUGACCAUUAGUGGAGAUUUGAUUGUAAUCAGGGAUUAUGGUGAAAAAAUUGACCCCUCUUCUAGAGAUCAAGGGUGAUUUUUAUACCCUGUUUGAGAGUAAGAGCAGCAUUUCCUUAUAAGCAGCACAUACUUGUAUAGCCCAUAUAUGGGACUCGGUACCCCCGUUCCCUGUAUCCCCACAGGUAAUUUGUGUUAAAAAACAAUCAUUAAUACCCAAGGUUUUUUUUAACAGACAAUUCCUUUAAACUCUUUUAACGUUCGCGAAUACUCAAUUCCUUUUUAAUGAUUGUAUGGCUUUUCUAUUUUAGGGAAAUGAAAUAUUUGGGUCUUUGUCCGCUGAGGAAUACAACAAAAUGAUUAAACUCGUAGAACAAGCAAUUAUAUCCACAGAUUUGGCAUUGUAUUUCCAGUAAGUUAUAUUAUUUUCAUGCUUUUUACUACGAAGCAAGACCUUUAUUUGCAGAAGUUAUUAGUGACACAAGCAAAAAACCACUCAGAAGUGCACUUCUGAAUAAUUGAUUUCUAAACGUUAUAAGCAAAAUGUGAACAAAUCCUCCACAUUUGACCCAGCGUUGUCUUUCUUUAAAAAAUUGUUUAAGGAAGAUUAUUUUUAUUUCUGUCCAGGCUUUAUACGUCUUUUUCAACAGAUUUGUUAUUCAAAUAAUUAUUUAAAUAUUAAUCCUCAGGACAGUUAUGUCUCACCUAUUAAAAGUAAAGUAGCCUGUGAGCAGGCUGUCUGUUUGAGGAAAGGGUGAAAAAAUUGCGAGGAGAGGGAAGGGAAAUGAAAGGGUGCCACUUAUUUCAUAGUGAGAGGUUGUGAGAGGUACGGAGAGAUCGGCUUGAUUUCCCCUCUGAUCGUGAUGCAAGAACAUUCAUUGCAGCUAAAAAAGCUCAUCAGUUAAGCACAAGAAGUCGCCAUGUUAAACAUCAGAAUACCUGCUUACAAGCUAUUAUUUUAAUCAAAUCACAUGCUACAUGCCGACAAAAUAAGCGAUGUAAAUCAAACCUGUCUACAGUCAGUGUUCUCGCGAAAAGGAGCUUGCAUCAGGUUCUGAUGCACAGCGGGUGCCAUGGAACGACGGUCCCAAAUGUUUGUCUACAGGCCCUCACCCUUUCCCUUCCCUCUCCUCGCGAUAUUUUCACCCUUUCCCCAAACAGAGGGCCUGUUCACAGGCUAAAAGUAAAGUUUUAUAUGAAACCUUCCUCCACUUCACUACAAACUUAGAAACUAGUUUUUCCUCCAUCUCAGGAAGAGGGGGGAAUUUUUCAAGAAAACUGAAGCUGGAUGUGAAGAUUGGACAACAGAUGAAAAUAGGGAACUUCUGAGGUGCGUUUGAUUAAAAUUUCUCUUGUGAUUAGUGAGUUAAGUAGUAAACUUGUUCUGAAAAAAAAAAGAGUUUUACAAAGAACUGAAUAUACUUUGUAUCUGGUAGUAGACUUGACGAGUAGUUUGUUGUUCUGUUGUACUUCAGGGCUAUGAUGAUGACAGCAUGUGAUCUGUCAGCGAUAACAAAGCCAUGGCCCGUUCAAAGAAGGGUAGGUUCAUAUAACCCUCCUUCUACUGAUGUCUAUCUUAUUUUUAAGCCUAUCCAAUGUGUUGCAUAAGGCCCCUAAUGCUUCACCCAGGGCAUCAUCACCUUUAUAAUUAUCAUGAUGGUGAAGUCCUAACAAUGCCGUUAGUUAUGCCAGCAGGUACAUCUUGUAUUCCCUGGUAGGUUCAAUCAUGCUUUCAUGGUCACAGAGAAGAGACCCACCCAAAGCAUAGACACUUUAUAAGAAGACUUAAGUCUUUUUUUGUAUAAAUAUAAGAGGAGCCAGUCUUAGUACAAAUCUCUCAGUGCCAUAUUUGAUUUCUCUCUCCUCUUUCUUCUCUGCAGACAGCUUUGCUUGUGGCUGAAGAAUUCUUUCAGCAAGGUGACCUUGAACAGCAAGAAUUAAAGGCCACACCUAUGGCAAUGAUGGACAGAGGCAAGAAAGAUGAACUACCACAGAUGCAAGUGGGGUUUAUUGAUGCUGUGUGCUUGCCUCUGUACAAGGUUAGACUAUUCUCUUGUUAGAGAAGGCAAAGAUCUACCAUGAAGUCAUUUAUUCCAAUUCUUAGGGAGUGAAGGCAAAUCUCACGGGUCUUCACUAUUUUCUUUUUGACAAAAGUGGCCUUUGAGCUUUUCUGUCCAACUGUAUAACCUGGAAUUUAGUCCCAGAUUUUCCUAAAAUUUGCAAAAUGUUCAGUUGUAGUAUCUCAAUUUCAUGUAAUUUAUGCUUUCCGGUUACCCUGCAAGCAGAGGCUGCAUUUUCGCUGUGUGAGCUGGUGUGCGAAAAGUAGCCUCUGCGGACAGCCAUUCAAAUUUUAUCGUGCAUGCAUGAAAUUCGUCACGCAAUUCGCAAGCAAAAUUAAUCAUCAGGUCUGUCGUCAAAUGGCACAAGUUUUAAGGGAUUAAAAAUAAUUGCGUCAACUCUGAUCUGCUACGCCAGACUCACACAAUGCUCUAAACCGGUCAAGGACAGGAAAAAACCAGGUUUUUCAAUCUAUUCGUCCAGAUUUCUGGACGGAUUUGAAUGGUUGUCGGCAGAGGUUACUUUUCGCAUUACAGCUCACACAGCGAAAAUGUAGACUCUGCUCGCAGGGUAGUUUCUGGCAGCAUUUCAAUGUUUGAUUGGGGACUUGAUUGAUAUGUGCGUGUGUGAGUGUGUGUGUCGGGGGUGAGGUUUAGGUUGAUGAUAUGGGCAUAUUUGCUGACUCCUUGUGUGAACUAACAGCCUAGCCCGUGUCGAUGACAUACUCUAAUCUGCGAAGUAAUGCCUAUAUCCUUGUUCUGGUCCCUCAACGGACUCAACGAUUAGUAAUGGCAAUUCAUUUUGAAUUUUCCUUAAACCUGACUGGCAAAUUGACAAUGGCUUUUUUAACAGGCCAAUCGUGGUGUCUACUCAAAUCCUGGUAGGCAGAUGGGGGCCCCGUACAAGGAUUUUGGCACUGUUUGGCAAACAGACUUGGUUUAGUUCUGUCAGUCUGUGGUGCAGCCUAUGAACAGCCAUAUUUUGAGUUUUUUUUCUUUGUAGUUGAAGUCCGAAAUAAUAGUUAUGUCCCCCUUCCUAGAUAAAAAGCAGUGGUCCUUUAAAGAAUGACAACCUUUAAGCUAAAGAAGGUUUUUCUAUUAAAAGUGGUAUAGUGCUAGGAAUGCUUUAGCAUGAGUGGUCACAAUUUGUUAUUAAUAGCAUGCUGCAUGAAUCUCAUAACUAGGGCUUUUUUUUUCAGGCCUUCUCACAAAUGAAUGUAAAACUUUCAACCCUGAGGGAUGCCUGUAGAGAAAAUAAGCGACAGUGGCAAAAACUUGCUGAUGAUUACAAAGCUCAGGUUUGUGAUUGUGCACUUCCUUGUAGCUAG